AUGGCGAAUCUUGCUUCUGUUGGAUCAAGUUUUGAUCAUCGACCUGCCAGUGUUGUCUUUAUCGACAAUCGACUUCAAGAGCACCACCAGAUGUUUGCAGAUCCUUCUGUACGCUAUGAUUCAGCUGUUAAGAAGUAUGUGCCUAGCAUGUCAACAGAGGAUGAUGGCACGGCUUCGAUGUCGAGGCCAGUGUUAACAAACAUAAAUGCGAUGAAAUUUUGGGAGGAUAUACUUCCAAAGGCCAUGUCAGAGCUGAACUCGACAGCGGAGCCGAAGGACCGAUAUAAAACAACGUAUAGUAUCCGGGACAAAACCAGUUGGAGUGACAUUUAUAGCAGCCUCGAAGCAGCCAGGUUUAAAUAUGAAAACAAAGAAGGUGCAGCAAAUAAACUACGCGAAGUGCGGCGAAAGGCCGCAAGCAAAAUUGCCCCUCUGGAGGGCGUAGUUAGGAUAGCGUCCAAGGUUGUCCCUGAAGGCACUUGUGCGACGCCUGUUCUAGGGUCUUUGCAAGUACUUUUGGAUGCUGUGAAGAUUGCCGCACGCCUACGCGAAAAAGUUCUUGAAAGCUUUGAUGAUAAUGUAUCCAUCUUUUCAGAUGUUGAGCUAUUUCUGGGAACCUUUCCAAACGACGAAAAUAUCGUAAAUGCGUCUGUGGAUCUGACCGUUGCAACGCUCAAAGGAAUCGAAUUGGCUAUUGGUUUCUUCAUUAGCAACUCUCUGGUGAGAGGAACCAAGGCAUUUCUUACUAAUAAUGAGUACGAGAAAGGUUUGAUAGAAAGCCUUGAUGUGAUUAAGGCUAAAAGCAAAAGUUUAAUGGAGGAAGCUUUGAAGUCACAUAUAUACGAAUCUCACAUGUAUUCUCAAGAGACACAGAAGCUUUCUAGAAAUGUUCAGACAAUGAGUGAAAGAGUUGAUAAGCAGCUACAGAACUUGGGAGACGGCUUCAACUCAAUGAAUCAGCUUUUGACCGAACACGUCAAAGAAAAAGACAAAAUGCUCGAGGCUGCUCGUCGGCAGCUUGAAGAAGCCCAUCGCGAGAACCACUUUCUCAGAGCCGAAAACAACACUCUACGUGCCUACUCGCCGUUCCAAGGCGGAUCCCCAUAUCUACCACCACAAGCACAGAUAUUGGCGCCACAGUGGUAUAUAAGUCAGCCCAACCUACGACAGGUGUUGAACAUGUUCGAUGUCGAUCUUAAAGAUCUCGCCUAUGUUGCGGAUAAGAAAGGGCAAUUUCCACCCAAACAACGGCUGCUGGCUGAGCAAAUCGUUAACACACAGCCGUUUCGUAACUGGGUUGUGUCGCCGACUUCUUCCAAGCUUUUGAUCCACUGGGACUCCCGUCUUCCAAAAGUCAUCGCUGGUGUUUCACCACUCUCCGUCUUUUGUAUGACAAUUACAAAGGCACUGAGAGCCAAGGAACGAUUUUUGUCGAUGCUGUGGUUCUGCGGACGGCACGUCGAAGCAGAAGAGUCUGGAGGCUGUGUUGGCGGGCGUGCCAUGAUUACAAGUCUGAUUGAUCAGCUACUGAGACAGCACACAUUCGAGGUUCAUUUGCUGUCUUCCACAACUAUUAACCUCUCUGGGUUGCAGGAAGGCAAUCUCAAUACACUGAUAGAGCUGCUAUGCUAUCUAGUGCGACAACUACCUCCGACAGUCUCGGUAUUCUUUGUUAUCGACAACGCUGCCUUUUUUGAACGAGACGAGUUUGAGUCGGACGCGCUAAAAAUCUUUUCAAUCUUGAUUCGUCUUUCUCAGGACACAAGCAUACCCGCUUCUAUCAAAGUGCUAUUUGCAAGUACACCAGGCACCACGAUAAUACGGAGUGCGUUUGAGAAUGAGGACUUGAUCCUGAAUGUAGAGGGACUACCGCAAAUGGUCUGGGCGGCGAAUGAAGAACGGGUGGUGAGGGAGCUUGAGGGAGGGCUUAGCUAA